AUGGAUUCCUCAAAGCCAGGACUCGACCUCGAGAGGGAGCUGACGUGCUCUAUCUGCACCGAGCUGCUCUAUCAGCCUCUGACUCUCCUCGAUUGCCUGCACACCUAUUGCGGCGCAUGCUUGAAGGACUGGUUCUCUUUCCAGGCAAACCAGGCCGAGAACUCGCCAAGUCCACCCGCACCAGGGACUAACAUCUUCACCUGCCCGUCAUGCCGUGCGCCGGUGCGCGAUACAAGGCACAAUGCCACCGUUGCAACUCUCCUCGGCAUGCUGGUCGCGGCGAACCCCGACAGGAAAAGGUCUGAGACGGACGUGGAGGAGAUGAGCAAGAAGUACAAACCAGGCGACCAAGUACUACCUGAGCUUAAACUCCUCGAGAGGACCCAAGAAGAGAGGCGCGCGGACGAGGAGGAGAGAAGGAUGCUAGAAGAUGUGCGGGAGCUGAGUCUCAGGGAAGCUGGUGUGGAAUCUUCUCUAGCCCCGCGACAUCGACGACGGAGGGAGGACAGCAGCUCUGCCGAUGGCAGAAUGCAACGAAGCCGAGAUCACAGCCGGGACAGCCGCCACAGCAACAGGCAUGAGGGCAGUCGAAGGCCCCGGGCCGACGAAACUCGAUCCAGCGCAGACCAGCUGCAACCGGAUGCGAGAUCCAGCGAUCACAGGAGACGGCGGGGGAGUGAGUCAAGGCACCGUUCCGAGGAGUCAUCCGACACGAGGCGCCGACAAGUCGAGCACCAGUCAUCGCUGAGAUCUCUGAUAAGCUCAGGCGAUCUGAGUGAACGCGACAUCGAGAGGGAGAUUGAGGACUUUGCCAGGCAAAUCCAGGAGGAGGGGCUGUUGGACGGGCUGGAUCUUGACAAUAUUGACUUGAGCCGGAACGACGAGCUGAGCCGCAAGAUCACAGAGGCCUACCGAAGAAGGCAAAGGGAACGCACGAGGGCCGAGGCAGCGAGGAGGAACAAUGCGACCGGGCAAUCCCGGUCCUCUCCUGACAGAGUGCAGGAGAUUCGGUCCAGUGCAUCGGAAAACAGCAGGCCAACCAGCAGACAGCGGCCGCAUUCCAGGUCGACCAGCGCGAGUGGCUUCCCCGAGGAUCGCAGUCGGCCGCCACUUUCGCAAAGCGCCCUGCAUCUCGAGGUUCGACCGGAGGAGAGGCGGAGAAGGAGGCGGACCUCAAGCGGUGGCCGUAGUGCGACGACACCACUCCCAGCAACGCAGUCCGAAACUCGGGUGGCAACCCGCUCGCAGACCGACUUAUCGACACGAACACAGUUUGGCGAGGCAUCUGCUCAUAGAACCGCCUUUACCGAAGCUAGAAGCUCCAGUACGCCCUCGGUGCCUACUACGACGCAGUCUCCAACUACCACUUCGCCAACGCCACGAGACCUCACCUUCGCCAACCGGGUGACCAGUGCGUCAGCGCUGGUGUCUGCCAACUUUGCUCCAUCCCCUCCCAUAGAACCUCUAUCGCCUCGCAUGCAGCGAUCCCACCGGCCAGCGGACCUCUCCAUCAUCAGUCAGGCCACAUCAGGACCGGUCGGGCUGGGCCUCGGCAUCGGCAGUCCGACUACCCCUGGCCACCAGAGGACACGAUCGCAGCUCUACCCUGAACCUUCCAUUACGUGCGCUCGGUGCGCGAAGCAGCACAUCGAGUACGAGCUACACUACAACUGCAGUAUCUGCGCCAGCGGCAACUGGAACAUUUGCCUUGAUUGCUACAGGUCAGGAAAGGGUUGUCUGCAUUGGUUCGGCUUUGGGUACGGCGCCUGGGCCAAAUGGGAAAAGGCUCGACACGCCGCACAGGAGGAUAUUCCGAGGCCUCAUAUGCUGACGGCAAACCGGUACCUCCAGCCCAAGAUCAUUCCUGGCGGAGCGGAGGGCAGACGGACGCUUACGACCGAUGACCCGGUCAAGAGGCUGGAAAGCGGUAACUUCUGUGCGCGAUGUCUGAGUUGGGCCAACGAGUGCUUCUGGCGCUGCGACAUUUGCAACUUUGGCGACUGGGGCUUCUGCAACAACUGCGUGAACCAGGGGCGGUCGUGCACCCAUCCUCUCCUGCCCCUGACCUACCAGCCUCAACCGUCGCACACACCACCUGCGAGUCCCAGAUCGCCUCGGCCGCCUCAAUCCGCUGCGGUUCUGACGGGACCCAACGUCCACAGCAUCGGCCCGUUCAAGCCGCUGACCUUCACAACCCGCUGCGACGUCUGCCAGGACCCCAUUCCUCCCAGUCAUAGCCGAUAUCACUGCUUCACCUGCACUAGCUCUAUCGAGCCGGAUACCCAGCCGGGCGACUACGACAUCUGCACAAACUGCUACGCCAACCUCGAGGCACGCGACCAGAUCAGUCCUGAAAAUGGACAUGUGGGUUGGCGCCGGUGUCUCAAUGGGCAUCGGAUGAUCGUGGUCGGCUUCCGCGACGGGCCCGGCGGGCAGCUACGGCACAUCCUGUCUGAUCUCGUAGGCGGGCGCAACCUGCGAAUAACGCCAGCGGAGGGCAGCGCCGAACAGGCGCCGCAAAAGUGGUGGUGGUACGAAGGGGGGCAGAAGCGUGAACGCUUCGUUACUAGGGACGUCGCGGCCGAUGCGCCGACGGGCGAGGGCCUCACGCAGGGGUUCCCGCCCGACGGCGGCGGCGGAAUGCGUGCGAGUGCCACGUGGGCUUGGUACCCCAAGGCUGAGGAUGAGCUGUUGUUCCCCAAGGGAGCGGAGAUUAGGGAGAUUGAGGAUGUUAAUGGGGACUGGUUCUUUGGGGUAUACAUGGGCGCCAAGGGACUGUUUCCGUCGCCGUACGUGAGACGGCUGGACGAUCAUGCAUAA